UGCUGAAAGCGCAGAACGUGUCUGAGCUCAUUUCCAGUUUGUCAACUUCAGGAAGGACGUCCCAGUGGAAGUCCCAGCUGUCAAAGGUUUACCAAAACAUGGCCAACGUGAACCCGGGUUCGACCAGUUCUAGGGCAGUGGCGAUGGCCAGCCACCUGCUUUCCAAACCGACUGUCCGAACACAGCAAGCUCACCUGGGCAGGUCCGUUCUGAAGCUGCGUCGGCAAAUGAGCGCUCUGGCAGCUGGUGGAUACAGCGGGAAUAUCAGCUUGGCACUACCCGAAGAAGACAAGCCCAGUGCGGGCAGAGCCCUGGCAUCCAGCCGGUCAUUGAUGCACAGGGACGUUAAAGUCUUUCUGAACGAGUUGGGCGGAGAUCCACGGGAAGCUCGAUAUUGGUUAACUCAUUUCCAGAAGUGCAGCGCUUCCCAGUCACCGGCUUUUGCAGUGAUGGAGGUGGACGAGGAGGUGUUUGGAAGCAAGGAUGCAGUUCACAGCCUUGCCUUUGGGCUCUCAUUCCUGCAGCGGAUGGAUAUGAAGCCGGUGGUGGUGAUGGGGCUUCCAGAGAAGGAGGCCGAAACUCUCUCUAGUGCCAGAACUAGGCUGGUGCAGAACUGCCGGUCCCUCAUUGAGGCUCUGCAAGAGAACUCCGUCUCUGUCAUGCCUUUCUUCGGUGGGGCGCCACUGCUCCGUGUCGGGGAGACCCCCUCCGCUCCCAGCAGCAGAUGUGAGCGCCCCAUUGAAGUGGACGCUGACCUGCUGCAGUGGAGCCUGAACAUCGGGAACAUUCCUGUCUUGUGUCCAGUGGGGGAGACGGUCAGCGGUCAGUCUGUGCUGCUGGACUCUCUAGCGGUCACUGCCACAAUCUCCAAGACACUCAAGCCCCUCAAAGUGAUGUUCCUGAACAACACUGGAGGCAUCCGCAACAAGAGUCACAAAGUUCUGGGGAAGGUGAGCCUGCCUGCGGACAUGGAGCUCCUGCAGAGUGCAGACUGGAUAAACCCUAAGGACCAGCAGCGGGCCAGGCUCAUUGUGGACCUCCUGAAUCACAUGCCGACAGAGUCCUCCGCCGUCAUCACCUCUGCCAGCACCAUCCUCGCCGAGCUGUUCAGCCACAAAGGUUCAGGGACCAUGUUUAAGAAUGCAGAGCCUGUCCGCAGGUACAACAGCCUGGAUGAGGUGGAUAUUGAUCGUCUCCUGUCUCUGAUCAACAAGUCCUUUGGAAAAAACCUGAAAGGGGAUUACAUUGUCUCUCUGCAGGAACGGCUGCACUCCAUCUAUCUCUCUGAAUGCUACACUGCGGCUGCUAUCCUCACGAAGGAGCCAGUGAAGAGUGGGACCCUCUAUCUGGACAAGUUUGUGGUGAGCAGCAGCCGGCAGGGCCAGGGUGCAAGUCAGAUGCUGUGGGAGUGCAUCCAGCAGGAAGUGACCUCACUCUUCUGGAGGUCCCAGGCCUCCAAUCGCAUCAAUCCCUGGUACUUCAAGCAGUGCGACGGUAGUUUCGUCAAGGGCAAAUGGAUUGUCUUCUGGUACGGGCUGUCAGACAUUCGGGACUCGUACGAUCUGGUAGACUAUGCCAAGAACAUGCCAGAGUCAUUUAACAUCCCAGCAACAGGAGGUCCGGCUGAACUGAUCCUUCCUGAACAUUGCGCCAACUGACCACCCCGCUCGCCUGCUGCCCUGCAUUUGACUGUGGGGUGGGGUGGGGUGGGGUGGGGUAGAGGAGAGGAGAGGAGAGGAGAGGAGAGACGAGACCUCCACAAAGGACCAAAUAAACUACACAGUACAACUUGAGUGCAGGGUUGCCAACUAUUUUUACAAAAACCCACCCACUUCUUCCUAAAAACCUGCCCAAUCAAGUCACCAUUGUAACAAAUAGCAAGUACACUAUUUGCAAUUGUAACUUUGUGUUUUUAUGUAAUUAAUUACCACGGAUCCUAUUUUAGCCUUUUAUUUUAAUUGCGGAAUAAUGUGUUUUAUCUUUUUUUUUUUUUUUUUGUGGAAAACUAGGAUCCCUGGUAAUUACUCAACAUUCACCUGAAAUAGGAAUCAAUCAUUCUUUUUCUUUAUUCAAGUAUAACCCUUGAGAACAAAUUCUCAUCUGCAGUAACACCUGUUUCCAGACUGUGCCUUUAGAAAGUGCUGCGUUUGUAGCCCAAAGUAAUACGCUACCCAUAAUGCAAUAUACAUCAUAUCCAACGAUAUUAUUGUGACAAUGUUUAGCAACAGGGAUGUAAACACUAAGGGCUGUGUAUCAUAAAACUUAUUUUGCUUAAAAAUAUUAAUACUUUAAAUAUUCAAAAUAUACCCAAAUGUAAACCCUGCAGAAAAGCCCUAAAUUAGCCCAGAAAGUAGGCACCUCCCCAAAGCCAUUUUUUCACAACUGGUUGAGUGGCAUUCCUGUCCCGUGUGUGUGUGUGUGUGUCAGCACAUACCCAUAGUCACCUCCAAAAUUAUUGGCACCCUUGACAAAGAUGAGCAAAAGAGACUGUAUAAAAUAAAUAAUACCAAUACUGAGCUAUAUUGUAAUUUUCCAACAUGUGGAAUAUAUUUGACUUUAUUAAUGAUUCAAUGGAUUCAACCAAAAUUACACAUUUCUCAAAUUAUAAAUUUAUUUCCCAAAAAAAAAAUGAAGUGUCACAAUUAUUGGCACCCUUGUUUUCAGUACUUUGUGCACCCUCCCCUUGCAAGGAUAACGGCACCGAGUCAAUUUCUUUAAUGUUUAAUGAGAUUGGAGAACACAUUGGGAGGGAUCUUAGACCAUUCCUCCAUACAGAAUCUUUCCAGAUCCUUGAUAUCCUUCGGUCUGCGCUUAUGGACUGCCCUCUUCAAUUGAAACCACAGGUUUUCAAUGGGGUUCAAGUCCGAAGACUGAGAUGGCCAUUGCAAAAUGUUGAUUUUGUGGUCAAUUAACCAUUUCUUUGUGGAUUUUGAUGUGUGCUUGGGGUCAUUGUCUUGCCUGAAGAUCCACUUGCGGCCAAGUUUCAGCCUCCAGGCAGAGGCAACCAGGUUUUUGGCUAAAAUGUCCUGGUACUGGGUAGAGUUCAUGAUGCCAUUGACCUUAACAAGGGCCCCAGGACCAGUGGAAGCAAAACAGCUCCAUAACAUCAAAGAUCCACCACCAUAUUUUACAGUAGGUAUGAGGUUCUUUUCUGCAAUACGCAUCCUUCUUUUGACACCAAACCCACCGCUGGUGUGCAUGGCCAAAGAGCUCUGUUUUCGUCUCAUCUGACCAUAGCACCAGGUUCCAAUCGAAGUGCUACUGCCCUUUAGCAAACUCCAGGUGCUUACGUUUGUUGUUUGCUCUCAAUAAAGGCUUUUUUCUGGCAACCCUUCCAAAUAGCCUAUUGGCAUGGAGGUGGCAUCUAAUUGUAGAUUUGGAGACUUGGUGACCCCAAGAUACAACCAAGUUCUGUAAUUCUCCAACUGUGGCCCUUGGAUUUCCCUUUGCCUCCCGAACCAUCUGCCUCACUGUGCGUGGGGGCAAGAUACACUUGCGUCCUCUACCAGGCAAGUUUACCACUGUUCCAGUGGUUUUGAACUUCUUAAUUAUUGCCCUAAUAAUGGUAAGUGGUAUAUUUAGUUUUUUAGCUAUUGUUUUGUACCCAUUGCCUGAUUUAUGAAAGUCAACAACCAUUUGUCUCUUUUCAUGUGUGAGUUCUUUGCCUUUUCCCAUGGUGAUGGAUGACAAAUGGAUUUCAUAUGCGUGUUACCUUAUUUUUAUACCCCAGUGAAACGGGAAGUCAUGGAAGGCCACAAUACAGUUCCUUAAGACUGAGAUGAACUUAAAGAAGUAGAAUGUUAAUGCAGAUUUUAUUUUAUUUAAAAGAAUCUUUAGGGGUGCCAAUAAUUCUGACACUUAUCUUUUUGAGAAAAAAUGUUUUUACUUGUAAUAAAAAACUUUUUUCUCUGAGCAAUUGUAUUAGAAUAAAAGAAUAUGGUUUUCCGAUAUAUUUGAGCAUAAAAUACAGCUCAUUACCUGUGGUGUUUAUUUUAUUCAGUCUUUUUUGCUCAUCUUUAUCAAGGGUGCCAAUAAUUUUGGAGG